UCGUAUCUCAGCAAUGGAUCUCAGAACUGACAGAAAUAAAUACCACAGCACGACAAAAAUAAAUCUAAGUAUUUAAUAGUUUAUUUUUUUGUGAAAUUUUCUUAAUAUUCGUAGUUUUAAUGUUGGUAACUUGAAUUACCAGACUCUUAUUUUAUUAUUUCUAAAAACAUACCAAUUUUUUGUGUGUUUGUUUAAUCAAUUAAUGUUAAACGCUAAACGGAUGUGAUAUAUGAGUAUGCUUUGAUUAUUUGUCUGUGAAUGUGUGUACCAUAAAACAUUUACGACAACAUUAUCUCUUUGUUUGCAUUAAGGAAAUUUAAAAUACAACAAUGGCCACUUUAAAAACAAAGCUAUCGGAAUUUAUCAAGGGUUUCAGAACUGAUGCUGUGCCAAGACAGCCUCGACCAGUAAAUGUUGACUUUGACCAUCAAGUACCACCGGAAGCCCCGGUAGAUGACGAACAUGCAGACUCUAGUGAACACGAAGAAGUUAUCAUUGAGGAAGAAGACGAUAGUGAUAUGAAGAAAAAAUCCAAGCCUAAAUCAUUUUUCAAACCGAAAAUACCGAAGAAAUCUUCAAAGAAACCUGACCCUAACAACCAUAAAGGCUCAAUCAAUACUCAAGCUGCAGGCAAUGUAUUGAAUGUGGUUGGUUGUACAAACGUAAGAUGGGGCAAUGAUUAUUUUAUGGGUACUACUUAUAUCGGAUCAAAAAAUACUAAGAAAGAAGAAACUUGUGAUGAUAGCGACCCAGAAGAGGAAAUUGUAAAGACUGGUCUCAUUAAAGCUGUUAUGAAAGCUACCAUAAAGCCGGAAGAUGAGCAUUUAGAUUACAUAUCGAAGAAUAUGGGUAAAACAUGGCGCAAGUUCUUCCGGAAACUCGGCUUCACCGAAGGCAGAAUUGAUACAUUUGAACACGACAAUAAAAUUUAUGGUGUACAAGAGGUUCGCUACAAGCUUCUUCUCGAAUGGAUGCAAAAGAAGAAUGAUGCAACUCUCGGAAAACUCGCCACGUUGCUUUGGGAACACGGCGAAAAAUGCGUCGUAAAGGAGUUAGCAGAUUUGUACUCUGAAAAAAACUAACACGAUUCAAAUUUGAACCUAAGAAAUAAUGCAUCGCUUAUACACGUUUAGAGUACUAUUAUUUUCUAAGUUUUUGAGUUUCAUUUCGCCGAUGGUGCUAUGUCAAAAACCUCACAGAAUUGCUGACAAUAACUAGUGAAACUAAAUCAUAUAAACAGGGUUCGAGCGCCUAAAUUACGAACAAACAAUUAUAUUAUAUAUUUAUUGAAUACGAUUGAAUAAUAGAAGAUUUGGACGAAUUAUAAAAAAAAAAACUACAUUAAAUCCCGUAACAAGAAUCAUCUCCGUUCCAAGUGCCAUAUAUGAAAGUAUAAAAACUUAUAGGAAUUAUGUAAAAAAAAAAUUCAAUGCAUGUUUGUAAUUUUCUCAUUAUAGCAACGCUUUGAGACAUUCCAGUAGUUCUUGAACUACGCACUCAUUCGUCCCAUUCGCAUUUAAAGACCUUGACGUAUACUCUUGUCCCUUGCGCUUGGUAUUCACUAAAGGAUCAGUCACGUUACUACUGUGAUACAUUACGACGCAUACCAUAGCAAUUUGUUUCACUCUUGAAUCCCAGUGAAAUGACAGUUUACGUAAGCUACGGAAACUAAAUCGGGCGCCCUGCUGGAUCCACGUGAUCCUAUCGUGCUGAUGAACGCUUUAAGUUCUAACGCUAUCACCCAAAGCUCGGUGUGCUUAAUGCGAGUUUUUUAACGUUCUCGAUAGCGUAAAAGUUAACUCAAUUUUGUAUGCAGUUAGAACAGCGCCCCUAGCGGCAAACGUAGGCAAACGUUAAAAAACUCGCACUAAGCAUAAAGGUCACCGUACUCGCCGCCCAUGACAUGAAACUUAGCUUGUAAGAUCAUCCUGCUGAGUUUCUCGCCGGAUCUUCUCAGCGGGUCACGAUUCCGAUCCGGUGGUAGUUGCACCCGCGAAUUAGCUGCCCUUUGUUGUUAGGCCACCAAGGGCGGUCGGGCAAUUGUUAAAAAACCCCUCCUUCCCUCUGGCCGCGCCUUUCUACUAUGGAUUACUUUAUUGAUACAUAAAUAAUUAGAUGCGUGGCGUGAAUAAGUUAAUAUAUUUAAAAUGCAGGGCUUAUGCUAUUUUAAAAUCUAAUUUUAUUAGUUAAGACUAUUUCAAACAAUCUUGUUAAAAUAAGUAUUACUAAAUUUAUUGUGGUUUUGAAGUAGAGUAACAUAAUUAAUAUAAAUUUAUAUUAUUUUUUUAUAUAAUUUUAUGACCUGGUAACAUAGACCUUUAGGUCGUAUCUUAUUUGGUAUAAAUUUAUAUGACUUUGGUCAUCGAAGAUUCAAAUAUACGCCUUGUACAAAAUUAAAUUCUCAACUCAGGCACGCCAUGCCUAAAUAGCUUACGGCUUUAACUGAUAAAACAUAAUAAGUAAUGGUUUAAUAUGCUUAUUAUGCAUUCCAUAAACAUCAUAAUUAAGUUUUAAUUUUAAGUGUCAAUUUAACUACUGCGUGUAUAAGAACAAGAAAUUUACGUUUAGGUACAUAUUUACAAAUUGAGAACAUAAAUUGACAAAAUGGGGUGCUAAAAAAUUGUGAUUUUAAGUUUAUAUUUAAAUUGGGUAACUAAAUGAUAACAAAAAUUGUUCUAGUCAAGACAAUUUUGAAAAAUAUAUAAAUAUAUACAUACGAA